AUGGGGCCCCUCGUGGCUGUGUUCUGCUGUCCCCUGAGCUCAGGCAGCACCAAAUCCAGCUCUCUGACCUUCUCUCUCCCCUCUUUCCACCAGGUUCUCCUUGCCCCCUCUCUCAUGCCAGUCCCGCCCUGCCAUGAGUCUAUGAGCCCCCUCCGGAUCAGCGUGGGUGGUCUGCCUGUGCUCGCGUCCAUGACCAAGGGUGCUGACCCCCGCUUCCGACUGCGCUGGAAAGCCAUCGUGCUGUCCUCAGCCUGCCUGGGGCUCGUGCUGUUGCUCUUCUGCCUGCACCGCUCCUCCCCAGCACGGCAUGGCCCCCCCAGCCCUCGCGCCUGGCAGCUUGGCCUGCAGGCAGGGGAGCGCUACAAUGACACGUACCCGCUGUCCCCACCCCAGAGGAACCCCGAGGGCGUGCGCUACCGCAUCGGCCUCAUUGCGGACCUGGACACACAAUCCCGGGGCUCCCAGGAGCACACCUGGUUCAGUUACCUGAAGAAGGGUUACCUGGUACUGUCAGAUAGUGGGGACAGAGUGAUGGUGGAGUGGGACAAGGAUGAGAGCAUGCUGCAGUCCCACCUGGCUGAGAAGGGCCGGGGCAUGGAGCUCUCAGAGCUGGUGGUGUUCAACGGGAAGCUCUAUGCUGUGGACGACCGGACAGGUGUGGUCUACCAGAUCGAGGGCAACAAGGUGGUGCCCUGGGUGAUCCUCCCAGAUGGGGACGGCACUGUGGGGAAAGGCUUCAAGGCAGAGUGGCUGGCAGUGAAGGAUGAGCACCUGUAUGUGGGAGGACUGGGCAAGGAGUGGACCACCACGACAGGGGAGGUGGUGAACGAGAACCCCCAGUGGGUGAAGGUCAUUGGCUACAAGGGUGACGUGAGCCACGAGAACUGGGUGACAAACUACAAUGCGCUGAGGGCUGCAGCGGGGAUCCGGCCCCCAGGGUACCUGAUCCAUGAGUCGGCCUCGUGGAGCGACACGCUGCAGCGCUGGUUCUUCCUGCCGCGCCGCGCCAGCCACGAGCGCUACAGCGAGAAGGCGGACGAGCAGCGGGGCACCAACCUGCUGCUCAGUUCCACCCAGGACUUCGGGGAUGUGACAGUGGGGCGUGUGGGCGAGGUGGUUCCCACCCACGGCUUCUCCUCCUUCAAGUUCAUCCCAGACACAGACGACCAGAUCAUCGUGGCACUUAAAUCAGAAGAGGACAAUGGCAAGAUCUCCAGCUACAUCAUGGCCUUCACACUGGAUGGGCGCUUCCUCCUGCCCGAGACCAGGAUUGGCAGUGUGAAGUACGAGGGCAUUGAGUUUAUUUAACAGACAUCUGGAGCGAGUGGAGGUGCGUGGGCAGCCUGGGGACACGGGCAGGCCCUGCUCCUAGACCGGGCUCCGUGAGGGAUGCCAGGCAGCGCUCCCAGCUCUGUCCUC